CAUGCGCAGACCGAGUCCGGUGGAGAGGCGGGAAAGGGCAAAAGAGACCAAGCGCGAGUACUCGAAGGGGUGGGAAAGGUGAGAGCGCGCAUGCGCACGGGCAGAACGUCCAGCGUGCUAACAAGGUUCCUAAGCGCCGACGCAUGCGCAGAACUAGGGCUCGUGCGAGGCAGAAGGGGUCCCGCGGCCAUUUUGCGCCGCGGCGGCUUGGGGCUUUUCUUCCGACGAUGGGGCUGGGCUGGGCCCCUCCAGGAAGGCCGGCCCUUUUCCUGCUUGGCUUGGCGCUUUUGGCGAGGCCGGCCGGCGCCUAUAAGCUGAACACGCCGAAGGUGCUGCUGCCCUUCAGCCGGGACAAGCGCGUCCCCUUCGUGCUGGGCGCUGAGGGCGGUUGCUACUCCUGGUACUCCACACGCCAUGACACAGUCACCAUUGAUCCAAUGUACGAGAAUGGGACGGCUUGCUCUCAGAAAGCUUUGUUGACCACCUGCUCUACACAGGCCACAAAGCUGGCCAGCGUUAUUUUAGCAGAGGAGACAGUGACAGGUCAUCUGCUGCGUUGCGAUGUCAUUGUGGAUCUGAUAGACCAUGUUGAGAUCAUUUCCCGCACUCGAGAGAUCUAUGUGGAAGACUCCCCACUCGAGCUGAGUGUGAGAGCUCUGGAUGCUGAAGGGAACACGUUCAGCAGCUUGGAGGGGUUGGAAUUUGAGUGGAGCAUCGCCAAGGACGAUGAGUUGGAAAACGUGGAGCUCUCGAGCAAAAUUAGGAUUUUAAAAUACUCUGAGGCAGAAUAUUCUCCGCCCGACUACGUAGUUGAGAUGGAAAGAGAGGAGAAACAAGGAGAUAGGAUUCUGGUGUCAGGGAUCAAAACAGGCGCAGCCGUCGUAAAGGUCCGAAUACAGGAGCCUGUUUACAAGAAAGUUGCUGCUGCCCUGGUGCGCCUGCUGGUUUUGGAGAACAUAUUCUUAAUCCCGUCCUAUGAUGUCUACUUGCUGGUCGGAGCCUACAUUGAGUACAAAGUUGGCAAAAUAGUUCAGGGAAAGAUCACAGAGGUGCAAUUGCCUCUUGAGCACUAUGAGCUGGAGCUACAAGAUGCAGUGAAGGCGCCUAACGCUUCUGGCCUCCCCGUGGCCAAACUGGAUGCAAAGACAGCUACCAUCACCGCCAUUCAGCUGGGACAGGUUAACCUGGUCUUAGUCCAUAAAAACAUCCACAUGCGAGCCUCCUCUGGACUUCCCAACUGCAGCAUAUACGUUGUGGAGCCUGGAUAUUUAGGUUUCACUGUCCAGCCCGGCAACAGGUGGAUCCUAGAAGUGAAGCGAGAGUAUACCAUCACGGUCGAAGUGUACGACAAAUCGAGCACCAAGAUCUACCCGUCCGAUAAUCUUCGAAUAACUCACCAGUUCCCCCAAGAAUACUUUCAAGAGUUUAUAUCUUCAGUGAACGGCUCCUACCACGUAGUUCGGGUUUUGAAGGAUGGCGUCACCGUCAUUGAAGCCGCGCUGGUGUCUGUUCUCCUCCAGACUGAAAAUUCAGGUCAAUCAUUCCUCCCUUUCCUCCAGAGUGGUUCAGAAGAUUUAUUAAAGCCGCCCAUCAGCCACAAGCAGGAAGUGAAGGUUUACCUUCCCAUCACGCUGACGCCCUCCUUCUUGGCAUUCCCACACCACCCACUGGACGUCUUGUACCGGUACAGAGUUCAGGUGGAGGGAGGCAGCGGCAACUUCACAUGGACCUCUUCCAAUCAGACCGUGGCCACCGUCACGGUGAAAGGAGUGGUCACAGCCGGGCUGGUUGAGGGCCAGACUGCCGUGCAGGCCAGAGAUGUACAGAACCCUUUCCACUUUGGGGAAAUACAGGUGUAUGUGCUCAAGCUCUCAAAGAUGGAGUUCUUGCCGUUCCAUGCAGACACUGAGAUUGGGCAGACCUUGGAAGUCCCACUCAGGAUGUACCAUGUUGAGAAAGAGACGGGGGAGACCAUCGCUUUCACGGACUGCUCACUCUUACCCCUGGACGUUGGCAUGGAUAAGCAAGGAGUGUUCGCCCUGGAUGAAGCGGGUAAGCAGAAAGCUGGGCCACAGUUCUGCUCCACCAUCCAUCUAGCAGCCAAGUCUCUCGGCCAUACACUGGUGACAGCCAGCGCCACCAUCUACGAGGAGUAUUUUGACACGAGUGCCACCUUUGCUGCUUAUGAACCGCUCAAGGCUGUAAACCCCGUGGAGGUGGCUUUGGUGACCUGGCAUUCCGUGAAGGAGAUGGUGUUCGAGGGAGGGCCCAGCCCAUGGGUAUUGGAGCCAUCCCGCUUCUUCUUGGAGCUCAGAGUGGAGCAUAAGGAAAAUGUCCACGUGGUGGAGGUUCGUUUGCCGGCCAAGAGGAAGCAAAACCAGUACAUUUAUCGGAUCACAUGCCUGGAGCUGGGGGAACAGGUGUUUACGUUCCAGGUGGGCAAUCAUCCGGGUGUGCUAAACCCCAGUCCUGCUGUGGAGAUGGUGCAGGUGAGGUUCAUUUGUGCCCACCCUGCCAGCAUGGCCGUGACACCUGUGUAUAAGCUGGCAGCUGGCACUCCGCCUUGCCCUUUGCCUCAGCACCACAAGCAGCUGGUCCCCGUGUCCAGUUUGAGGAACACCGUUUUGGAGCUAGCUCUCUUCGACCAGCACCGGCGGAAGUUUGAUAACUUCACCUCCCUAAUCCUGGAGUGGAUAUCGGCCAAUCAAAGCCUCGCUCACUUCGCUCUACCGAGGUCCAUGCAGAUGGUACCGAAGGAUGAUGGGACUGGACAGACCAGGCUCCAUGGACACCAGCUCCUUGAGGUGCGGCAGAUCAAAGGGACGGUGUUGAUCUCCGUCAACUUUGUGAAAUACUCCGAGAGAGGGAGCCCAAGAGAAGUCUCCAACUCCCCUGCCUCUGCUGCCGUGGAACUCAUGCUGGUCGAGGACGUGACUGUGGUUCCGGAUAACAUCACUGUGUACAACCAUCCCGAUGUCAAGGAAGUGUUUGCGCUGGUGGAAGGGUCCGGUUACUUCCUUGUCAACAGCAGCGCACAGGAGAUGGUGAACAUCACUUACCUGGAAACAGAGAGCGCCAUUCAGGUGGUUCCUGUCCUUCCUGGCUCUUUGACCUUGGAGAUCUACGACCUGUGCCUGGCCUUCCUGGGACCUGCUACAGCCUACCUUCGCAUCUCCAAUAUGUACGAGUUGGAAGUGGACCUUGUUGAUAAGAUUGAGGUUGGAAAAUCGGUGCUGGUCUCCGUGCGCGUCCUGGGACAUCACCGGUACCCUUUCCGGAGUAAAUACUUUGUCUACAUGCGGCUCCAGCUGAAGGCAGCCUCCCCCAUUGUCACACUGACGCUAAUGGAGGAAGUGGGUGACUAUUCCGAAGUCUACGUCCUCCGAGCCAUGGCUGUGGGGCAGACAAGUUUAGUGGCCGUGGCCUGGGACAAAAUGGGAAUCAAAUUCACCUCGGCGCCUCGGAAAGUGGAGGUCUUCCCACCAUUCAAGCUCAUCCCAGAGAAAAUAACCCUCAUUCCACACAACAUGAUGCAGGUGAUGUCAGAAGGCGGCCCACAGCCCCAGUCCCUCAUUCACUUCUCCAUCAGCAACCAGUCUGUGGCCACAGUUAACGGAGUGGGGCAGGUCCUGGCCAAGGCUGUGGGCACAGCCACAAUCCUUGGGACCAUUCGGGCUGUCAACGAAGACACAGGAAAAGUCAUUGUCUUUUCACAGGACCAAGUAGACCUGGAAGUUGUUCAGCUGAAAGCGAUAAGAAUCCACGCUCCUGCCACCAGGCUCAUUACGGGGACCAAGAUGCCUGUUUAUGUUGUUGGCCUGACCAGCACUUUGACUCCAUUCUCCUUUGGGAAUGCCGACCCAGCGCUGACGUUCCACUGGGCCAUGAGCAAGCGGGAUGUCCUGGACCUCCUUCCUAGACAUUCGGAGGUUUCCCUGCAGCUUAUUCCGGAAAGUAACUUUGCCAUGGUCCUGCACACAAAGGCCGCUGGGCGGACGAGCAUCCAAGUCACGGUUCAGGCUUCAGACCCGGAUGCUGGGCAGUUUGAAGGACACCUCUCUGAGCUCUCGGAUGAAGUGCAGAUACUAGUCUUUGAUAAACUGCAGCUCUUCUCCCCGGAGUGCUCCGCAGAGCAAAUUCUGAUGUCCAUGAACUCGCAGCUCAAGUUACUCACAAACAGGGACGGGGCGGCCUUUGUGAACGCUCAGAUCCUGCAGUGCUUCCCCAACUCCUCUGUCAUUGAGGAGAACAGGCAUGGCCUCCUCAAGGCAGGAGCUGUCACAGGCACUGCGGUGCUGGAGGUGACAGCCCUGGAGCUCUUCGGUGUCAACCAGACUGUCAUCACGGGAGUGCGGGUGGCCCCGGUGUCCUACCUGCGCUUGAGCAGUGCCCCCAAGCUCUACACGGCCAGCCGGGUGCCCCUGCGUGCGUUUCCCCUGGGCAUGUCCCUCACCCUCGCCGUUGAGUUCUACGACAGUACCGGGGAGAAGUUCCACGCCCAGAGCACCCAGCUUCACCUGGCCUUGAACAGAGAUGACCUGCUGCUCAUCCGACCCAGCAACAAGAAUUACACCUACGUCGCCCAGGCUGUGAACAGGGGGGUGACCCUGGUGGGCGUUUGGGACGAGAAGCACCCGGGCAUGGCGGAUUAUAUCCCUGUCCCGGUGGAGCACGCCAUCGAGCCGAACCUUUCCGAGCCGCUUGCCAUGGGAGACGUGGUGUGUUUCAGCACGCCUCUCGUCAACCAAGAAGGGGAACCCGGGACAUGGCAAAUCACUCCAAGCGACCUCCUUGAAAUGGACACGCUGAGCGGAGCAGCCUUCGCAAAGCACGCUGGGAAAGCCACUGUCUUCCACGAUAUCCCAGGGAUAGUGAAAACUUACCGAGAGGUUGUCAUCGGGGGCUCCUCCAGACUCAGCCUUCACCUCGGUCCCAAACAGUACCUGACCAACACUCCAAACUCCUCCGAGUUCCGGGUUUUCAUCAGCACAAGCGGCACUAAAACAACCCUCCGAGGUCCUUGCAGUUCUGUCCAGCUUCGUGCCAUCACAGACCUGCUUUCCCCAGAAUCUCACCUGACCUGUCAGGUGGAGUUCAGCAUGAUUUUCCCAGACAUCCCAGCACAGAGGAUCUUUCAUGCCCGGUCUGCGUUCUACACUGAUAAAGGUCUCUACGCCUGCAUCAUCACCGUGAAAGACCAGCCGGAAGCCGACCUGCUGGCGCUGAGCACCGCUGGGGGCUCGGUGCACGUGACGGCCUCCCUCCUCAGCGAUCAGAGCCCAGAGGGGACACAGAGGCUCUCGGUGCCCUUUCUGCCUGCCUUUUACAUGAACCAGUCCGAAGUGGUCUUCAGCAGCACAGAGCUGAGCAGGGAAAUCGUGGUGCUGGGGGCGAGGCGAGUGACUGAAGAAACAGAGGCCCAGCCCAGCUCCCCAGUGAUCCAAGUGGGACGCCCCUUCCAUCUGGUGGACAUGCCCGGGCUUGUCGUCUUCCCAGUCAGCGUGGUCAACCUCACAUCCCUCCAGCAGAUGGCAGCACCCGUCUUCGUCAACCUCUCCUGCACUCUUACAGGCCAGAAGGCCGCUGUGUUAAUGCGGGCACUGCCAGACAGGCAUCUGUUUGAUCAGUGUGCUGAAGCAGGCCUUGUCAAGCAGCUUGUGGGCUCCUACCAGGUCCUCCUCUUCACCAUCUCCGCUGUUUUAGCAUCCACCAUGGUCAUCUUUCUCACCUACAAUGCCUUUCUGAACAGAGUACAGGCAGUCCCUGUAGUGUACGUUCCCACAUCAGGCAUGGUACAGACAGGGUACCUCUCCUCUCCACCCAGCAUGCAAAAUCACUAUUCCAGUGUCAGGAACAGGACUCAGGCCUGGCUUUGGAGCGUUCGAAGAUGACCAUCGCUGGACACGAGGCACAUAUAAGCCAUGUGUUAAAAAGUAAACUGGU